ACAUGGAAAAGAUGGACUCCUUAUUGCGCUGUGGCACAGUCUAGUGUGCGAUACUGUCAGCUUCCUAAAUGUAAAGUUAGUAAAGUGGGUAAACUGCAGACAGUAGACAACUUAGUAACGAUUAUCAGAUCAGGAGAGAUGGUUAUUGUAAUACUGCGCAUUAACGUUAACGUCCAAAGGUUUCGAAGGAGACUAGGCCAAAAGAUUUCCUGGUAACUUGGUAACUGUAGCUAGCAAAUCAACAACACUAUUGCAACUCUGUUGCACGCUAUUGCUGCUGCUUAAUAUUCUGUGCAGCAGCCUAGCCUACUCCUAGCUGGAACUCUACUCCCCCAAAUUGGAUUUUAAGGAAAUAUAUUUUACGAGUUUGUUUACGAAAUUAAUUUGUAAAUAGUUGGCGAGCUUUACUUAUACUCAAAAUGUCACUUGAAGACUACGAAAGGCAUUACGCCUCGCUAUAUUCAGAUUCUGGGAGUGAAUCUGUCGCCAGUGGGCGAUCGACGUCAGUAUACAGCGGCGAGGAAGAAAAGUUACAUUACAUUCCAAUCCGUAUCCUUGGAAGAGGGGCAUUUGGCGAAGCAACCUUAUACAGACGGACAGAGGACAACUCUCUGGUGGUGUGGAAGGAGGUGGACUUGAACUGCCUCUCAGAUAAAGAGCGUAAGGAUGUCACAAACGAGAUCAGCAUCCUCUCCAUCCUACAGCACAACAACAUCAUAGCCUACUUCAACCAUUUCAUGGACAAGGACACUCUCCUCAUUGAGCUUGAAUACUGCAAUGGAGGAAAUCUUUAUGAUAAAAUCAACCAACAGAAGGGGAAACUCUUCACUGAGGAGGUUGUCAUAUGGUACCUGUACCAAGUCGCCUCUGCAGUGGCUCACAUUCAUAAGGCUGGUAUCCUGCACCGGGAUAUCAAGACGCUGAAUAUCUUCCUAACUAAAACCAACCUUAUUAAGUUGGGUGAUUACGGGCUGGCUAAGAAGCUUGACUCACAGUUUGCCAUGGCUGAGACUUGUGUAGGAACCCCAUACUACAUGUCUCCUGAACUGUGUCAAGGUGUGAAGUACAACUUCAAAUCAGACAUCUGGGCUAUGGGCUGUGUCAUUUUUGAAGUCUUAACUCUGACCAGAACAUUUGAUGCUACGAAUCCGCUGAACCUGUGUGUGAAGAUAGUGCAGGGAAACUGGACCAUGGAGGUCAACUCUGAUGUGUAUUCCUCGGCGCUGAUCAAGCUGGUGUACGAAUGCUUAGAUCAGGAUCCAGAAAAGAGACCCACUGCUGAGGAGAUUCUGGACCAGCCAAUCAUCUCCUCCCGCAAUCAGGAGCUUGAGGACAGAGUUGCCUUGCUGAACUCAGCAAUGAAAAAACCAAAGUUGAGCACAGUGACUGAGAGCCCUGUUGCUGUAGUGACAACACGCUCUAGGGAGGUGUAUUUCUGGGGAGGGGGAAAGUUCACACCCCAGAAACUGGAUGCCUUUAAAGGAGGCAGCGGUGCCCAGCAUGUUUGUGCAGGGGAGACCCACUUUGCUGUGGUUACCGUGGAGAAAGAGCUGUACACUUGGGCUAGUGUCCAAGGUGGGGCCAAGAUGGUGGGCCAGCUGGGUCAUGGAGACCAGGCCUCGUACCGGCAGCCACGCAAGGUGGAGAGGCUCCAGGGAAAGGCCAUCCGUCAGGUCGCGUGUGGAGCAGAUUUCACUGCCUGUGUCACUGAUGAGGACCAGAUGUACAUGUUUGGUUCUGACUACUACGGCUGUAUUGGAGUGGAGAACGAGCAGGGCAUGGAGGUGCUAGAGCCCGUGCUGUUGGACUUCUUUGAGGAGCGACCUGUCAGGCAGGUGUCCUGUGGGGACAACCAUGUGGUUGUGCUGACCCACAGUGGAGAUAUCUACUCCUGGGGCUGUGGAGAGCAUGGGCGUCUUGGCCUGGACUGUGAGGAUGACUUUAACUCACCCAUGCAAGUGGAGAUCCCCAAAGGAGCCAUCAUCUCAUCCGUGUCCUGUGGCCUUGACGGAACCUUUUUCCUGACAGAGUCUGGCAAAGUCCUGGCCUGUGGGAACAACGAUCUGAACAAGCUGGGUCUGAACCUGGGAGUCUCUGGCCUCAAAAACCUUCCUGGAGAGGCCUACCAGGGGAUACCAUACACCACCACACUCACUCUGGUCAAGCAGCUGGCCAGGUAUAAGAUCCAAGUCAUUUCAGCUGGGAAGACUCACACUGCUGCCAUUGACGAACGUGGGCGGCUGAUGACCUUUGGGUGCAACAAGUACGGUCAGCUGGGUGUAAAGGACUUCAAGAAGCACCAGGGUGUCCAGCUGCUGUUGGGGUCUUUCGGGGGGAAGGUGGUCAGCAAAGUGUCUUGUGGAGAUGGCUUCACCAUCGCAGCCACGAAGGACAAUCAGAUCUUUGCCUGGGGAAACGCAGGAAACGGACGCCUGGGAAUGCCCGCUGACAAGGGCUUUGGCUCGGAGGUUUGCCCUGCUUUACCACGACCCAUUUUCGGCUCCCUCCACCAUGUGCCAGACCUCUCCUGUCGCGGCUGGCACACCAUUCUCAUCAUGGAAAAGGUUCUCAACUCUAAAACUAUACGCUCAAACAGCAGUGGACUUUCAAUUGGCUGUGGGCUAGGCCAAGCCUCUACCACAACUGUGGAUCUGGAGAGUGAGCCAGGCUCAGAGACAGGGCUGCGUGAAGGGGGUCUGGGGGGCACUAAGGAGGCCGACACAGACGAGCGACGCAUCGAGACCUCCCUGAUGUCUUUAACGAACCAGACCGGCGACAGCUCCUGCCCCUUCUGGCUGCGCAAGGAGCUACAGGAUGCAGAGUUCAUCCCGAUGCCAGAGGAUUUCAGAGGCUCCAUGCCUGGCCCAGUGGCUCCUUCUUUCCCCGAGAGCGUCACACUGCCUUACGAGGAGCUGCAGGAGCUGAAGGCUGCAGCCGCUGCUGCCGCCACUGAGAAAGAGCUCCCGACUGCUCGUAUGGGCUGUGACAGGGUCAAUGGUUUUGAGGAGGCAGGAGCCUGUAAGAAAGGGGAGGCACCAACUUGCUGCAAAGGAAGCAGUGAGGUAGCACAGUUGCGAGAGACAGUCAAUCGUCAAGAGGCAACCAUCCAGUUGUUACAGAAGCAGUUCAGUGAUCAGCUCAAAGAGAACGAGAGACUCUGGACAGCAAUCAACCGUCUGACCCUGCGAGAGGGAGGAACUGAAAAUAACUGCAACCACCAAUCCGGUCACAGGCCUGUGGAGGGACAGGGAGGAGCCUCCAAUCAUGACGGGGACAGAUCUGAUGGGGCAAAUCCGUGAGAAAAAAAACUGAAUCUGUGCUAUACUAUGUAGUGAGUGGUGGUGGCUCUGUGCAGUUAAGUCCAUCCAAACAGGUCCUGUAGAUGGAGUGGCUAGGCCAUACUGAGAAGAGGAAUAUGUUAGCAAGCCAGUUCCAUUGGUGAACGGCAGGGAGAAGUAGGUUUAAGAAAUUACUAAAGGGAUGAAUAGUCUGAGAGUCAAUUGUGUUCUCCUUAACUAGGAACAGCUAGCUGAUUAAUGGAUGCCCACUGACCUCAUCCACUUGCAAGAGAGGUCUCGCUUCUUUUCACAUUGCGUUACAUCAUAUUUCUUCGAUAUAAUCCAAUCUGCAUGAUAACGUUGUAUAAAUAUACAUGAGAGAUACCCUGUAUGAACACUUCCAUGUUGUAAGCUAUAAUUAAGUGACGGUGACAGGAAAAGGCCUACAGCAACUGAUCUGCUGUGAUCUGGACACAGACAGACUGACAUCUUGGCUUGAUUCAACAUUAAGCAACCAACUUCUUGCAGUGUUAUGUAGGCUAGUGUGAAAUAUGAGUAAUACUUUGGUAGUAAUGAUAAUGUUGUCACUGACUGACUACUGUCAACUGAGGUCUAGGAUUGCGUUUUGUCCCACAUUUUAAUUGAUGAUCACAAAUGGGCACAGCUUACUGUAGAGAGAAGAUCAUUUGGUGUUCUUCCAUUGUUUUUGAUAUAUAUAUCCUCCUGUUUUAUCUUGCAGUUAUUUCUUGUGUUUAUUCCAAUGUGAAUUUAAAGUACUGCGUUUUUUGCUCAUUCCUCUGGAAAGCCCUGAGCCCUAUUUUUGAUAACCUACCAAUGUUCUUCAUAUGUGAUGCUGGUCUAAACAAAAUACUAAAUACUAACUAAAAGGCAUAUCAAAUAUAGCCUUAGAAAGCUAUACCAGAUAUAGUAUAUUUUAUAUUAAAUUUACCAAAGAUGUGUUUAGUUUUAACAUUGAAGUAUUUACAAUGUUGUGUCUUUCAUGAACAGCUUGCUAGACUGUAUCUGCAAAAAUGGCAUGUGAAAUGUGAGAUUCACUUUUCACACUACUGAUUCAUUAUAGACAAUCACUUGUCUUUUUAUUGCCUUAAGAUGAUAACCUUGAAUUUGUUUGAACUAGUAUUUAAAGUGGAGGAAAUGAACCAUCAAAUUGCAAUCUUCCUUCUGUAAUACUUAAUGUCAUGAGAACAGUUCAAGAAUUUUAGAAAAGCUUGUUUUCGUAAACUUCAUGGUAAUACUGUGUUUUUUUCUAUGACAUUUUUCCUGUUUUUGAGUAUUCAUUUAAUCAUUAUUUUUACACUAUUUGUGAAAAGUGUAAUAUUCAGAUUUGGUGUAUUUCUUUACUCUGGGUGGUGUGUGUAUGUACGUUUUUAAGUGUCCUUUACCAAUGGCUUAUAAGCUUGCAACUCUUUUGGUUAUUGUGCAGUUAAUUGAUACAGUACAACACUGGUGGAAUUGUCUUUGUCCAUGCAAGAGAAAAAGAUGUCCCUAUUCCUUAGUGCUUUUGCAUACUCUUUGAACCAAAGAUGUUGUUGUGAUGAAUUGUGCACAAAAUAUAAAGCAAAAUGUGCCUUUAGAAUAGGAUAUGCAUUUUAUACAGUUUGUUUGAUGUUGAUAUUAUGCCUAUACUGUGUUUAUUUUUGCAAUCCAUUGUUUCAAUGGCUUAUCUGACCCUAUGCAAUUGAGUGGGUGUAAGAUGUUACAGUUGUCUAACUUUCCACCAUUCACAGAGGAACUUUUUUUUAUGCUUCAUGUAAAAAAUAAAAACACAAACCAUUUUGGUCGAAUUAAUUCAAUGUUGAACCGAACACUGCAGACAAAGCAAAAUAUAUUUUUUUUUAUUAAUUUCAUUUGAA